CUCCCCCUGUCCCUCUCUCUCUCCCCCUGUCCCUCUCUCUCUCUCCCUGUGUCUCUCUCCUCAGUGGCCAUCCAUGGUAUCUGGUUCUAUGAUAAGGAGGACUGCCAGCGCAUCGCCACACUCAUGAGGAAUCUCACCCAACAGGAGCAGACCCUGGCCCACCAGAACCAGAACCAGAUCCAGAAUCAGAUCCUGAGCCAGACCCAGGGCCCGGUCCCGACCCAGGGAGGCUGGGUGUCUCCCAGGGGGGUGGAGGCCGGGGGGGACAGCAAGGCUGUGGAUAUCCUACAGAUGCUCAACAAGGCCCGCAACGAGUACGACAAGGGAGGGAAGCUGAGCCCAGAGCCUAAGGAGAUAGGGGGCAUCAGUCUCCAUGACAACCCCAACCUGAUAAAACCCAUCCCAGUGAAACCUACUGACCUCCAGACAGGCCUGCACGAGAGGCAUACACAGGACAGUGAAGGGGAGCCCAGGCGUCUCUCUCUGUCUCUUCUGUUUGGAUCCCAUCCCAAAGCCCAGGCUGUCUCCCCAGGACCAGGCCCAGGCCCCAUCAACCCUGGGGGCCCCAGACCUGCGGUGGUCCGCUCCCUGUCCUACGACGACCCGGCCACGCCCCGGGCCCUGGCGGGGGGGCAGGGGGAGGCAGCCCCCCCUCCCCAGCACUGUCCUGCCCUUCAGAAGCUGAUGUCCAGCCAGCGAGGGGGGGUGGAGCUGCUGCAGCCCCUGUCUGAGUCCCCCGAGAACAGGCUGAGUGAGAACCUGGUCCCUCACCAGCAGCCCCAGCCUCAGCACCAGACCAGACCAGACCCAAUCCAGAGACUGCUCCAGGGCAACUCCUCUUCCUCUGCACCUCCCUGCUGGUCUCAGCCCCCUCCUCUCCAGCAGCCCCCCCUCUCCUCCUCCCUUCAGCCCACACAGGGCUUCCCCAACCCUCUACCCCACCACCCCCAAUACCAUCCGGCGCCCCUCUUUUUCAACCAUCCUCAGCUUCACCCCCAGCCUCACCCCCAGCCUCACUCCCAGCCUCACCCCCAGCCUCACUCCCACUCCCAGCCUCACUCCCAGUCUCACCCCCAGCCUCACUCCCAGCCUCACCCCCACCCCCAGCCUCACUCCCAGCCUCACUCCCAGCCCCACCCCCAGCCUCACCCCCAGCCUCACUCCCAGCCCCACCCCCAGCUUCACUCCCAGGUGGUGUCCCCCUAUGAGCUGCUCCAGAGGCUUCAGCUGGUGCAGCAGGAGCAGAGUCUGCCCCCCCAUGACCCCCCCAGACACGCCCUGGCCCCCCGCUUCCACGAGCCAGCCCCGGGCCCGGGCCCCGUCCCCACCCAGCCCCACGCUCCCUCCCCUGCUCAGAAGACCAGCCUGCCCCUCCAGGUGAUCUCCCCCCAGCGUAUCCCUGCCACGGUGGCCCCCACCACCCUGCUCCUGUCCCCAAGUGUGUUCUCCCAGGCCAGGCCAGACUGCUGCCCCCCUCCCUCGGUGCUGCGGCCCCCCCAGCCCCAGGACCAGCCCAGGUUGCUGUCGAAGAGCCAGCUGCAGGCCAGCCUGCUGCACCUCAUACAGACGGACUCCUCAUUUCUGGACACCAUCUAUGAAGCGUACGUUUGUCGCCUAGGCAACAGCAUGGCUCCAAACAAGUACUGACGGUCAGGAAGCCUCAACGAUGACCCCUGACCCCACCUUCUACCCCCUCUAACCCUUACCCUACCUCCCACCCCCUCUUCCCUUACCCCACACCCUAGCCCUUCUAACCUUAGCCCUUCUCCUUGCCCCUCCACCCCAACUAAGCUCCUAGCCACCUCCUACCCCCGCCCUAGCCUCCUGAGCUGUCCAACUGGCCUGCCUGUCGAGAGGACCGCUGGGGGGGAUGCUGAGGUGUCCAAACAAAUGCCUCUUCCAAUGGUUUUAGAUUUCUUCCUAGUUUUUACAGUGAAGGGAAUGAGGAUUGAGUGAAUGUUUGUCAGAACAAAGUGUUUCCUUUUAAGAGGCUGCUUUUUAUAAUGACGCCCACAAGCCUGCUUCAAAUACAACAGCCAAUACCAAGUGGUUAGGUUUUAUUUGUAUGAUUUUGCGGCCGCCUGUCGUGGGUGGGGUUGAGGUCUCGCUGUAGCUUUAGUGUGUAGUGUGGACUGUGUAGUGUGGACUGUGUGUGUGGACUCCACUGCAUGGAUCCUAAACGCUUGUCCCCUUCAUGUGCUCAGACAGGAUGUUGUAAUUAACUCCAAAACACUCUAAACACACAAGGAAGCUGAUAUGUAAUGGUGCGUAAGGUCAUAAGCUUAUGUGUAAAGAAAAAACAACAGGUGUCGGUCCCCACAUCUGUACAGAAUCUCUGGUAACUGCAGACCAUCUUUCCACCACGUCACCAAACCCUGCUAGAGCACUCGGGACCAACUGUCCCAUCACAUGUCCAUGUAGCAUCCCAACAACAGUUGCUGGUUGAAGUGUCUGUAGAUGCUGUCGGAUUGUAAAGUAUUGAGUAUUGUAAAAGUAUAGCAGUACUUUAGUGACUGUAAAGUGGUGCUUCACUAAGACUGUAGCAGGCUGGGAUUCCUUUUAUAUCACUGGGUAUUUGUAAUUUUUUUAGAGAAGAUGCUUGUAAAACAACUCAAGUUAUACAAUUAUUUCCAGUUUUUCAGAGAGAGAAGAGAAUAUUUUUGUUUCUAUUUUUCUACCAUGAUACAAAACCAUGUUCUCUUGUCAAAACCCAGGUAUGGUAACACUUACUGCAAACAGCAAUACUUACCCCAGAAAUUAUAUUCAUAAAAGAAAAUAUUAGUUGUACAAAGUUGUUUGUAACACACACAAAAACAUGUCUGUGUUAUCUGGAGUUCAGAGAUUUGGUUUCAUGUUGUUUAUUUUUAAACUGUUGCUAAGGGACACAGGAUUACACUUUUACAAGACUAUGCGUUUAUACAACUCUGGAACACAAACCUUGAUUGGAAAUAAAGAUGAUUUUUCAAACC